AUGGCAAUCCGAUAUGCCAAGUUCCUCGGUAUCAUGGUACAUACAGUCGUACCGACCUUGGCCAGUAGUCCGGGUGGUGGUGGAAGAGAAGAGACAGGGGCUGAAAGUGGUGCUACUGACAUGGGAUUUCAAUCCGGAGAUCUGAUGGGAGACCCAUUAGAUGAAAGUCUAGUAGCCGAGGGACUUGGUGACUUGGACACCCUAUCUAACUUGGGUCCAGCCUCGGAGCUCUUCUCAUUGUGGGAGUCGAUGUAUAUCUUCCCCCAGAUUACAUAG